GAGUUUCAGAACAACCAUCCUCUACACUUCUCGUGACAUACCAUCUCGACCUAGCAAAAAUGGCUCCUCCAGGCAAUAUCAAAGCCCCCAAAAUCCGCCCCUCAGACAUCGGCAAAAAAGUCCAAAGUCAAUACGCAACAGUCAACGGCAGGAAAUGGCACUACCUCGACACCCCACCCCAAGGUCCCCAAAAAGGCACAAUCUUCCUCAUCCACGGCUUCCCGGACAUCUCUUUCGCCUGGCGCUAUCAAAUCCCUCUCUUCUCCUCCCUCGGUUUCCGCAGCAUUGCUCUCGACUGCAUGGGGUACGGAAACACAGGCACGACCUCAGAUCUCAGCGCCUUUAGUUUUAAAACCCAUGCCGAAGCGGUCGCGGGGAUUGCCAAAAGUCUAAAAAUCAGGACUGCGGUUAUUGGAGGACAUGAUUGGGGAGGAAUGGCUGUGUAUAGAAUUGCUCAAUGGCAGCCGGAGCUUAUUAGUCAUGUUUUUAGUGUGGCGACGGCUUAUGCGCCGGUGCAUGAGAGGUAUGUGAGUACGAGGGAGUUGGUGGAGAGUGGGAGUGUGCCGCAGUUUGGGUAUCAGUUGCAGUUUGGGAGUGAGGAUUGCGUGGUUGAGAAGGCUGUGAGGGAGGGGGAUGAGAGGAGGAUGAGGAAGUUUUUGUUGGGGAUGUAUGGGGGGAAAGUUGGGAGUGGGAAGAGGUUCAUGAGUGGUGAGAAAGGGAUUGAUUUGAGCAUUUUGGAGGAUGAGGGUGAGGAGGUUGGUAUGAGUCCUUUGUUGAAUGAAGAGGAGUUGGAGUAUUAUGUGAAGGAGUUUUUGAAGAAUGGUAUUAAUGGUCCUUGUAAUUGGUAUAGGACGAGGAAGAUUAAUUUUGAGGAUGAGUUGGGUUUGGAACCGGAGAGGAAGAAGGCUGUGAAACAGCCGACGUUGUAUAUUCUUGCGACGAAGGAUGCUAUCUUGACGAGGGAGAUGAGUAGGGGAAUGGAGAAGGCGAUUCCGAAUUUGACAAGGGCUGAGGUGGACGCGGGUCACUGGGCUUUGUGGCAUACGCCGGAUGAGACGAAUGCGAUUUUGAAGGAUUGGUUGCUGGGUGUUGUGCUUGGAGGGAAGAGCAAGUUGUAAAGCUGAAUUUGAGUAGGCUAUACGACCUCGAUCCGUGCUGCUUCAGCCCAGGAUCCAUUCUCUGCCACGCUUUCUUGUCGAAUUCUGUAGAGCUCAUCAAUGAAAGCAGGUACGAAUGUUCCUGGUCCCUUCACAUCUUCUCGCUUUGCUGCUCGCUCAGCAGCAAUUUCAUACAUCAAUGAUGCGCUCACAGCAGCUAGGAGCUUAUCUUCGCGCUCGACGGCCAUGACGCUUGCAAUCGUGGUGCCGAGCGAGCAUCCACUGCCAGUGAUCUCGCCAAGAUACUCGUGUCCGUUGCUGAGUGUGAAUGUACGCUCUCCAUCAGAAAUGACAUCUGUACUGCCUGUCAUAAGGACGAUGCUGUGCUCGCGUGCAGCAGUGGCCUUGACGAGGGUGACUCUUUCUUCCAAUGAAAGUUGUGAUGCUCCUGAAUCGACGCCAUGUUGCUGGAGCCCUGUAGCUCCUGCCACCGUGCGGAUUUCUCCCUCAUUACCUUUGAUAAUAUCGAAAUAGCCCCCUUCCAUCAGCGCCUUCACUCCAUCUCUUCGUUGCUGAGUGGCGCCAGCUCCUACCGGAUCCAACAGAGUUGGGCCGCCGACAGUAUUGUACGCUGCUAGUGCCUUCAAGUGGUUGCUUCGAAUCUCAGGUGUCGUUGUACCCAUGUUGAUGACGAGACUGCCUCCAAGACCAGCGAGAUCUGGUGCUUCCAGACCAUUGUUCGACAUUAUUGGAGAUGAUCCAAUGGCGAGAGCG